GGGGCCGCCGGAGCGAGCGGGGCGGGCCGGGCCGCGGGGACCCUGCCGGGCAGCCCAGGUCCUCGGUCCCCAGCACCGCGGGCCUCGUCGUGACCGCUCUCGGCAGGGCCCCCGAGGCGGGGACGGUGUCUGGACGCGGUGACGGCGCCCGUCCCUGGACGGGAGCCGCGCCCGAAGUCUACAGUGUCCCGAUGAAACACUGGACAGAAGCUUCUGUCGUGCGCCUUGAGGCCAGCAGUGGAAGCAAGCACUGCUGUCUAGUUUCUUAGAGCGGCUCCGCAGUCCCUGAGCCCUGGAGACCCCACAGCUCUAGGUUUCCACAUCCCCACUUCUACCCUCUGCGCUAAUUGAAUGCAGAAACUGUACCCUUGCCUAAAAACUGAAAGGACCAAUUCAAAUUCUUCCACCAGUUUCAGAUGGAAUUGAAGCAAAAUAACCAUUUACAGAGUAUCUUCUGCAUGAAAGGGCCCAUUCGGAUACUUUAGAAAGGUGAUCUCAUAAACAUAACCCUGCAAGGAGCGUGACUACACCUGUUUCAAGUGGAAGAAUUAAAGGAAUGUGAUAUGAUGAUAUAACUUGAUAUACCCAAGUAGCAAGUUUGCCUGACUCAGCAUGUCAAAAAACAAGGGUCAUUCAUCUAAACAAGAUAACUUAGCAGUCACUGCAGUUGCUUUACAAGAUCACAUUUUACAAGAUCUUCAACUUCGAAAUCUUUCAAUAGCAGAACAUUCUAAGACAAAGGUACAAAAGAGAGAGAACAGAUCCAAAUCUCUAAAAAGAAAUACAAAAGCAGUAAUAGAUACUGGACUUAAAAAAACUAUACAAGGCCCUAGAGUGGAAGAUCCAGAAAAAGAAUAUGUUCUUGAUCCAAGACCACCACCAUUAACUUUAGCACAGAAGCUGGGCCUGUUUGAACCUCCCCCACCGCCACUAUCCUCAGAUGAAUGGGAAAAUGUAAAACAAAGAUCCAUCCGGCAAGGGGACUCUGUGCAGCCAUGCCCAAUAUGCAAAGAAGAAUUUGAACUUCGCCCCCAGGUGCUGCUUUCAUGUUCACAUGUGUUUCACAGAGCAUGCCUCCAGGCUUUUGAGAAGUUCACAAAUAAAAAAACCUGCCCUCUCUGCAGAAAGAACCAGUAUCAAACCAGAGUGAUUCACGACGGAGCCCGGCUAUUCAAAAUAAAGUGUGCAACAAGGGUCCAAGCCUGCUGGAGGGCACACGUGGUCAGAAAGUGGUACCAAGACCUGAGGAGAAAGGUUCCUCCCACAGAUGCCAAGUUGAGGCGAAAAUUCUUUGAAGAAAAGUUCACAGAGAUCAAUCACCGCAUACUGUGCUCCUACAACACAGACAUAGAGGACCUCUUCUGGGAAAUCGACCACUGCCUGGCCACAAACCGAAGUGUUCUUCAGCAGCUGGAGGACAGGUGUGGCCGUGAGCUCACAGAAGACGACUGGGAGAAGAUCCAGAUCCAGGCUCUGCACCCGGAGACCUCUGAGUGCCCCAUCUGCCUCACCCCGCUGCCAGCCAGCAGUGACGGUCACCAGGACCCAUGGGAGACGCGCUGCAGCCAGGCUUCCCGGGAGAGAGCCCUCCUGCCCUGCUCACACGUGUUCCACCACACGUGUCUUCUUGCUCUGGAGGAGUUCUCACUGGGGGACAGCUCUCCUUUCCAUGCUUGUCCCCUCUGCCGCUCUGGCUAUCAAAAGAAAAUUCUCAAAUGUUGAAUUCACAGUCAGGAAAAAUUCUAUCAUUCCCGGGCGGUGGUGGGGGGCGGAUUUACCUCAAUUUUGUACCAGCUGUAUGAGUUUGGGGUUAAGUGCUACAGUGUAAUCUGCUCUCCAAUGAAAUAUACUCUUAGUUGUACAUAGGAACCCUAAAUAUAUUUUAAAAGCUGACAACCCAUCCAGUUUUAGUUUUUAGUUUAUAAAAAUUUUUAAAUUGAUGAGUUUAAUCAGUUGAAAUAAGUGAGGAAUGGAUAAAAACUUGAGUUUCAGAGGUUCUGUAAUUUAGUGACUUGCUAUGCUUCCAGCUCAUCAGUUGGGAUUGCUCCAAACAGCAGGAUCACGCUCUUUCGCGGUCGUCGGAUUAACUGGCCUCUUUCCACGCGGUCCUAACUGGCAGCUGGGGGACCUGCCAGGACGGUCACAGCACACUGUUGCCAUGCUCCCCCGGGUACACGCUUACCUAGAUGUACCUGGUGUCUGACCAACAAGCUGGUAACCUAAAAACAGUCUUCAAGUUGUCUUGGGCCCUCUGCCAUUCCUAACAUUUGUUUUGUACUAAUUGCUUUAUUUCUAUGGGAUAAAUUACUAUUAUACUUCAGCACUUCAAAUAUGUAAACCCAAAGUAUAAAAAUAAAAUAUUCAGUGGUAUUCAACAUCA